UCGAUGGCAGUUUGAAACUUAAGCAAUAUCUAUCAAAUUAACAUCCGUAAUUGAAACGUCACCAUGAUUUCGAAUAGUUCAGCACUUGAAAGAACACUGUUUAUCUUCAAUGUUUGGAAACGAUACCACUUCAAGUACAGCUCCACAACUGUAACAAGCUACUCGUCUUAGUUUCACUCCAGCUUUCUCCAAACCUCACGAAUAUGUUCAUCCUAAUUUUCCUCCAACUUCUCGGGUCAACCUCCACUACCCAACGCUCAUUCCCACCGGAGUUCCGCUUCGGCGUCGGAACUGCGGCGUACCAAAUCGAGGGGGGCUGGAACGCGGACGGCAAGGGUGAGUCCACGUGGGACCGACUGACCCACCAGCGUGCGGAACUUAUCGCAGACGGUUCCAGCGGGGACGUGGCAUGCGACAGCUACCAUCAGUGGCGUAGCGAUGUCCAGAUGGUCAAGGAGCUGGGCGUGGACGUGUAUCGGUUCUCGCUGUCCUGGUCGCGGAUUUUGCCGAACGGCACGGCUGACUUCGUCAACCAGCCGGGCAUCGAGUACUACAGCAGCCUUGUCGAUGAACUCCUUGCCAACGGGAUCACCCCGAUGGUUACGCUGUACCACUUUGAGCUUCCUCAAGUGCUGCAGGAUGUGGGCGGUUGGCAGAACCCGGUCAUCGUAGAGCGCUUCAGGGACUUCGCUGACGUCGUGUUUGAAAGAUUAGGCGAUCGCGUGAAGCACUGGAUCACGUUCAACGAACCGGCUUACUUCUGUGAGAGUGAAGUGAUCAUGUUCGAGGAGUUCGAACCUGGAGUGUCCAACUACAUUUGUGGUCACCACCUUCUUCAAGCUCACGCUGAAGUGGUCCGAUUGUAUCGCGACUCCUACAAACCGGUUCAGCAAGGAUCCAUUGGGAUUUCGCUUGCCAGUAUGCGGUAUCAACCGAGGUCGGACUCGCUAGACGAUCUGGACGCUUCCCAGUGGGCAAUGCAAUUCAACCUUGAUUGGUUUGGCCACUCCAUCUUCUCCACCAACGGAGACUACCCUCAAAUCAUGAAAGACCGCGUUGGCUCUCGCCUUCUGAAGUUCUCCGACGAAGAAAUCGCCUCAAUCCGCGGCUCCGCGGACUUUUUCGGGCUUAACUUUUACUCAGCAAAGCUGGUCAGUAAAAACCCCGACCAAAAUCCGGCCAACCCACCAUCGUUCGACCACGACACCGGCGUUCUAACGUCGGUUGAUCCCAGCUGGGUAGCGACCGAGUCCUGGAUUCUGGUGGUACCUUCCGGAAUGCGAAGCAUUCUGAACUGGAUCCGGCUUGAGUACGGGAAUCCACCGCUGUGGAUCACGGAGAACGGGGUUGGGACGAAACUAGGAACCGUUGACGAUCAGCGGGUUGACUUUCACAACGCCUAUUUGAACUCGCUGCUGGAUGCCCUCGGGGAUGGUUGUAAUGUGACGGGGUAUCUCGCUUGGACGCUGAUGGAUAAUUUUGAGUGGACUGCCGGAUACACGUGAGAUUCUCAAUUGUUUAACUAUCCAUUUCUAAUCACUAAAAAUUGUAAUUUCAGACAAAAAUUUGGCUUGUACCACGUAGAUUUCGGCAGUGAAAACCGAACGCGGUACGCGAAAAUGUCCGCCAAGGUUUACCGGAAUAUUGUGCGAACCCGAAGGAUCGA